AUGGAGUCGGAGUCGGAGACCGGCGUUCGGUUUGGUCUGGACUCUUGUCUGGCCUUACUCGUCCGUAGACAGCCGAGGCUUGGAGUGGCUGGGCUUUUGCUCGGCCGAAGGAACUAUUUCGGCUCUGUGCAGAUAGCAAUAUGGGUGGAAGUAGACGCGACCGUUCGCCUGGUUGGGAAUAUUCACCGCAUGGUGAACACUGCAGAUCCGUCCGUCAUGGAACGAUAG